GCCAGGCGAGCGGAGAGACUCCCACGCAGUGGCCACUGCAGAGACCCAAUCGGCCUUCACUUGCUGUCCUCGGCCCCGCCCCACGAGCCGGGUCCGGCCACGUGGUGGGCGGGCUGGGGCGGAUCCGAGCCUGCGACCUGCGGGAGCCUGCCUCUGCCCGGGACACAGUCCGCUGCCGUUUCUGGGAGGUGGACGCAGCCCGAGACCAACAGAGCCCGAGCUCACCGCGCAGAGCCAUGGCCAGCAAGGGUAUCCAGGGAGAGCACCCAUCCGUGACGCUCUUCCGCCAGUACCUGCGCAUCCGUACCGUCCAUCCUGAGCCCGACUAUGCGGGAGCAGUGGCUUUCCUGGAGGAGCAAGCCCAGCAGCUGGGACUCGGCUGUCAGAAAGUGGAGGUGGCACCUGGCCGUGUGGUGACUGUGCUGACCUGGCCAGGCACCAACCCCAAGCUCUCCUCCCUUUUGCUCAACUCCCACACAGAUGUGGUACCUGUCUUCAAGGAACACUGGAGUCACGACCCCUUUGAGGCCUUCAAGGAUGCAGAGGGCUACAUCUAUGCCAGGGGCACCCAGGACAUGAAGUCUGUUGGCAUUCAGUACCUGGAGGCUGUGAGGAGGCUGAAGGCUGAGGGCCACCAUUUCCCCAGAACUAUCCACAUGACCUUUGUGCCAGAUGAGGAGGUUGGAGGUCACCAAGGCAUGGAACUCUUUGUGAAGCGGCCCGAGUUCCGGGCCCUGAAGGCCGGCUUUGCCCUGGAUGAGGGCCUGGCCAGCCCCACUGACGCCUUCACGGUCUUUUACAGUGAGAGGAGCCCCUGGUGGGUGCAGAUCCAGAGUACCGGGAACCCAGGCCACGGCUCACGCUUCAUCGAGGACACUGCAGCAGAGAAGCUGCACAAGGUCGUGAGCUCCAUCCUGGCCUUCCGGGAGAAGGAGCAGCAGAGGCUGCAGUCAAACCCCCGCCUGUCAGAGGGGGCUGUGACCUCUGUGAACCUGACUAAGCUAGAGGGCGGCGUGGCCUAUAACGUGGUACCUGCCACCAUGAGUGCCAGCUUUGACUUCCGCGUGGCCCCGGACGUGGACCUAAAGGCUUUUGAGGAGCAGUUGCACCGCUGGUGCCAGGAAGCUGGCAAGGGGGUCACCUUGAAUUGGAUCCAGAGGUGGGAAAACCCCCAAAUAACAUCGACUGACGACUCAAACCCCUGGUGGGCAGCCUUUAGCAGAGUCUGCAAGGACAUGAAACUCACUCUGGAGCCCAAGAUCUUCCCUGCUGCCACCGAUAGCCGUUAUAUCCGCGCGACAGGGGUUCCAGCUCUGGGCUUCUCACCCAUGAACCAUACGCCAGUGCUGCUGCACGACCACGAUGAGCGGCUCCACGAGGAUGUGUUCCUCCGUGGGAUCGACAUCUACAUGCGCCUGAUCCCUGCCCUGGCCAGUGUACCUGCCUUGCCCAGCGACAGCUGAACCCCAUCCCUGAGCUCCACCCCUGGAGCUUCCACCCAGCAGUGCCAACGACUCCUCUUCCCUACUGCCUGAUAAUAAAAGCUGUGUGGACAGGGGCUACCCCUGAAGU